AUGAUGUCUUAUCUUAAGCAACCGCCUUAUGCAGUCAAUGGGCUGAGUCUGACCACUUCAGGCAUGGACUUGCUGCACCCCUCGGUGGGCUACCCGGCCACCCCUCAGAAACAGCGGCGGGAGAGGACGACGUUCACCUGGGCGCAGCUAGAUGUGUGGGAAGCAUUAUUUGCUAAGACCCGAUACCCAGAUAUCUUCACGCGGGAGGAGGUGGCACUGAAAAUCAACUUGCCCGAGUCCAGGCUACAGGUGUGGUUUAAGAAUCGAAGAGCUAAGUGCCACCAACAGCAGAAUGGAGGUCAAAACAAAGUGAGACCUGCCAAAAAGAAGACGUCUCCUGCUCGGGAAGUGAGUUCAGAGGGUGGAACAAGUGGCCAGUUCACUCCCCCCUCGAGCACCCCAGGCCCAGCCACUUCCAGCAGCAGUGCUCCUGUGUCUGUCUGGGGCCCAGCUUCCAGCUCCCCACUGUCAGAUCCCUUGUCCACCUCCUCUUCCUGCGUGCAGAGGUCCUACCCCGUGACCUAUACUCAGGCUUCAGAUUAUAGUCAAGGAUAUGCUGGCUCAACUUCCUACUUUGGGGGCAUGGAUUGUGGCUCUUAUUUGACCCCUAUGCAUCACCAGUCUGGACCAGGGACCACACUCAGUCCCAUGGGUACCAAUGCAGUCACCAGCCAUCUCAGUCAGUCCCCAGCUUCUCUUUCCACCCAGGGAUAUGGAGCUUCAAGCUUGGGUUUUAACUCAACCACUGACUGCUUUGAUUAUAAAGAUCAGACAUCUUCGUGGAAAUUCCAGGUUUUGUGA